AUGACAGAUCCUGUUGGCAUCACCUGGGCUCCGGAUCUGAGGGAAAAGGAUCAUGAUGUGAACAAAGAACAGGAUGAGACCUCGUUGAGUACACCCGUCGCCAGGCAGCCAUUACGCCAGCAACAGGGCUACUUCGACCUGCCUGCGCCAUCCUCAUCCUCAUGCCGUCCCGCCUCGCCUUCACUGGCACAUUCUCCCGUCCUCUCACACGAUGCGCAGCACCUGGAGAAAUCGGCAUUACGCACCUCUUCAGGUUCACUAAGAGGUCUCGCCGACCGCUCAUCAGAUACACUCCGGCGGGUCUUGUCCGGGCGAUCGUCCAACGGACACUUGCGUGGCCGGCGCACCUCACAUGGCAAAUCCGCGUCCACCUCGGUCCCUCGACCAAGCCCUAAUUCCGAACACCCCGUCUAUCCAGACCAGUCCUUCGCUGCAUUGCAUGCGCAACUUCAUAACGCUAGACCGUACCCACCGCUUAGAACACGCAGUUCGCAUCCGGCGCACAAUCUCCUGUACAACGAUCUGGCCCGGCAUCACCUGCAGGACAAGACGGAACUGCCUAGCGCCGCUACCGCCCACAAUACUCCCCACGCAAGUCCUGGGCUUUUCAAUCUGCCUCGUGCACCCUCGGCUCCACCAGAAGACCAGCUGUACUACCAGUUGCACCAUCUCCAACAGCCGAAAGAGAGCCACACCGUUGAAAUCGACUACGACAUGCUUUCAGGAAACAAGUUUAUCAAUGACUACGAGGUCAUGACCGAGCUUGGUCGCGGCGAGCACGGCAAGGUCAAGCUAGGCCGUCAUCUCAGUCUCAACGCCCUCGUCGCCAUCAAGAUCGUGCCUCGAUAUUCACGUCACCGUCGCCUGGGACGACUAGGCGCGCCCGAGGAUCAAACCAAGAAAGAAGUUGCUGUCCUGAAAAAGGCUCGUCACCGCAACGUGGUCAGUCUGCUUGAGGUCAUUGACGAUCCUAAUAAGAACAAGGUCUAUCUGGUCCUCGAAUACGUGGAGCGAGGCGAAAUCAAAUGGCACAAGAAGGGCGUUGGACAGAUUGUUCGCUUUGCAUAUCUACGCUUUCAAGCAGAGAAAAGAGGCACCACCAUCACCCCCGAGGAAGCCGAGCGACAGGCAUACAGCAUCGAGCAGCUCCGCCAGCGCAUGGAGGCGCUCGAGCGAUCUCGGCGCAAAGGCACCGCUCCCGAGGGUCCUGUCCACUGGAGUAACGAGCAUGGAGGCGACGAUGACGAGUGUUACGAAGAGCCGAUGCCCGACGUUUCUCGAUCAGGCUCCAUUGUCGAGAUCGAGCAACCUGCCAGGGGCUACGCACAUGAUGACUACGUUGGUGAGCCGCUUGCAGGCAGCAUGUUCGGCUCCUAUGUCAACGAUUCUUAUCGGAACCGCGCUUUCAGUCUCGCCGGUAUGAGUGCAAUCUCCAUGGCUUCUCAUGUCUCAUCCGACUUCGAUCUCGAGCUUGAAGAGGAAGAGACUUACGUCCCGGCUCUCACCCUCGACGAAGCCAAGCGAGCCUUUCGAGAUGUGGUGAUUGGUUUGGACUUCUUACACAAUAUCGGCAUCAUUCAUCGAGACAUCAAGCCAGCCAACCUGCUACUGGCGAAAGAUGGCACGGUCAAGAUUUCUGAUUUCGGUGUGUCCUACUUGGGCCGUCCUACAUCGGGCGAAGAUGAACUCACCGCCAAGGAUGUGUCGAUGCUUGACAACGAGCGAGAGCUUGCUCGUUCCGUCGGCACUCCCGCAUUCUGGGCUCCAGAAGUCUGCUACACCGAGGACCAUGCCGUCCAGGACAUCUUCGGGGGCGUUACGCCCAAAGUCACCGGUGCACUCGAUCUGUGGGCGCUUGGAAUCACGCUCUACUGCAUGGUCUACGCACGUUUGCCCUUCAUGGCUGGAGACGGCGAGGAUGCCGGCCUAACGCACAACAUCUGUUAUGAACAGGUCUUCUGUCCGAGACAACGCCUCGUUCCUGUUGACACGUCGACCGAAAAGUUUACCCUCGUCGGCCCGCCCUCCAUGAAUAGUAACAAGCGACUCGACUACGAACUCAAAUUCGAGCCAGUGCCCGAUCCGGUCCGCGAUCUCAUCUCCAAGCUUCUGACCAAGGAUCCAGCCCGGCGUAUGACCAUUGCAGAAGCUAAGCAGCAUCCUUGGGUGGUUGAGAAUCUGGCCGACCCGUCUUCAUGGAUGGUCUCCGGCAUUGAUCCCGACAAGAAAACCCGGAUUGUCAAUCCCGACGAGAGAGAAGUCUCCCAUGCAGUCGGGAAGCGAACCAUCAUGGAGAGAACACUCCAGGGCUUCAACCGGAUAGCUGCCGUUGCAAACACCAUGUUGGGCCGCAAAGACAGCCGCAAGCGUGCAUCCAGCGCAGCCACAUCUGCAAGCCACUCUAGCGAGUCCGUCAAUUCUCCCACGUCGAAUGCGAGCACAGUCGGCAAAUCGACGAGGGACCAAGAGGCGCGCAGAUCCAGUCUUCGAGGAGACGAGCUAUUGGCGGCUCUCAAAGCGUCGCGCGAGAAUGGCGACCAUCCCCUCGCUCAGAGUCAGACUGCCAGUCCAGACGACUCGGAGAUGGGGUCUAUGGAUGAUGAGAGACGGCCUCGAGCUGCUAAUCGCGGAACCUCGACGCUUUCAAAUGCCGACUCGGUCAGCACUGUCAAGGCGUACCAGCCUGGCUCGACACAUCUACAGCUGCCCUCCAUUCACUCCGAAAACGUUGGCGACUCCCCCGAGACCAACUUGCGCGCUAGAGUCGAGAAUAUAUGGGAAGGCACUACGCGCACGUUUGAACGCCUCGCGAGUCGAACUCGCUGGAGAGCUGAGCGCUCUCCAUCAUCAAGCCGCGCAUCGUCAGAAGCAGAUAUACAUGCAGGCGCUAGUCUUGGGCUGAGCACAGAAUCUGUAAGCGGGUCUAUCGCCACGCCUGAGCAGCUAAUGUCACCCGUUGACUACAAUGUUCAGCCACCUUCGCAGACGCUUUGGGGGGUCGAUCAUGAUGUGUCGAAGGGCAAGGGCUCAGUGCGCGCACCUCAAUCCAGUGACGCCGCCUUUGAGCAUGCGCAGGAGGUCAACCAUCGGCGAUUCAUCCAAGAGCAAGACCUCAAAGCUGAAGCGGAGGCCCAGGCAAACAACGAGCCGGGAUCUUCAACAGCCGAGUGCCCUCCUAGCCCGGACGACUUCACCUACCAAGCGAAGAGGCAGCAAAUCCAGGCUGGACCCUCGGCGAGCACCAUUGCUUCCUCGGGCGGCGACCUUGGCAACAUCAGCCAGAGCAUGUCCAAUCCUAGCUUCGGCAUGACCAGCAGUAAUGCCUCGACUCCGCCCCCCGAGCUUUCCCUUACCGUCGAGAAGGAUCCACCACCGGCUGGCGAGGAGCCCAAUUGGAUGAAAACCGCUGAUACGGUUAUUGAGCACGGCCGACCAUCGAACGUAGCGACCGGAAAAGCGCUCGAAGAGCAGUUUGAUACCGCCGACGACGUCGAUGACGAAGACUACGACAGCGAGGAGGAUGACGGCAUAAUGAUGAUGAGCACUGCUUCGACUCGGAAGCGAUGA